AUGGGAGAUAUUCCGGAACAGGGCGUGCCCGAGAAGUCGCCAUUCCCCCUCACAGAAGUGGACAAACGUGUUCUAUGCCAGACGGACGAGGAGUUCAAGAGACAUGACUGGGACAAUCUAAAGGAACUCAUAGACUCGAACCAACUCGUGCAGAUGACACGCACCCCGUCAGAGCUCCGCCGCUACAUGGCCUGGUCCCGCGACACAAAGGCCGAGUACGGCUCGAUAACAGCAUACAUGCUGGAGCACAGGCUUCCCAAGGCGUGGGGGCGGCCUCCCUUCUCCCCGGCGUCGACAGUGCCCUUUGCCGACCCGUCCGACUACGCCGUUCUCAUCAAUGACUGGCCGUACGCGACGGAGCCGGGAAUCGUGCACAUUGUCGUGUGGACGAGGACACCCAUCGCCACGACGCCGGGUAAGGGCGACAUGACGGCCGAGAGCAGGAGGCUCAUCAGGAACUUUGUGCAGAGCUUCUUUAUCGACCAGCACCCCGCAGGCAGCAGAGCAGAUGAGGGUCAGGAGACAAAUGUGAUUUGGUUCAAGAACUGGGUGGCUCUUCAGAGUGUGAGGGAUCUGGAGCAUUUUCACGUCUUCGUGCGGGACGUGGAUGAUGGGGUGCUGGAGCGGUGGACGGGACAGACCCCAAAGCGCAGUGCGGACGGUCAUCACCUCUCGCGGUAG